AACUUAAAAAUCUAGAUAAAAUUUCAAAUAUUAAAGAUCAUUCUGAAGAAUAUUUUGAAGAAUAUUUUGAAAACCAUGACACUGAUAAUGAAGUUCUUUCUGUUCAAAACACAGCCACAUCUCCUUCAAAAAAAAGAACUUUCAAAAUUUAUCAAUAUUUUACUUAUGGAACUGAUGAAAG